AUGAUCUAGAAUUUAAACAGCAUUGCACCCAAUACUCAAGUAUAAAAAAAAUCACCCGAUAUAGAAACAAACUUAUAUAAAAGUGGUGGUGAUGAUUCAGACAUUCAUAUAAAUUGUUAUGAGGCUCCUGGAUUAAAAAAAUAAUAAAGUGAUAUGACUUAUGAUUUGAGAAGAAAUUAACUUAAAUCUGUUGCCCCAAGAUAAUGUAAGUAUCAUUAGAAUAACUUACAAAAUUUGGGAUCGAAUUCUGGAUAAAAUGCUUAAGCAGAUUCGAAGGGUCAAUAGAAAUAUUAAAAUGAUGAGUAAAUUUCUAUUAUUAAAUUUGAUGAUCAACAAGAGGAAUUAAAGGGGAUUAUGAAUUAAUUAGAUGAAAUAGAUCUGAAACUUGAAGCCCAACGAAAACUACAUUAAGACUUUUAUAAACAUAUUAAUGAAGGCGACCAAUCUCGGGGAAAUUAACAGUCACCUCAUAUUGAAGUGAAUGAGCAAAAAUAAAAUGAAAACACUACUUGUCUAAUCUGUGGAUGUGACGAUGAAAAUCUAGUAAAAAAACUUAGAUGCGAGCAUCGAUUUUGUUUAUAUUGCUAUUUCAAUUAUUUAAAUGACAAAAUUAGAAAUGCCCAAGUUAUGAAUAUUCUUUGUCCUCAAUAAGGUUGUAGAGAAACAUUUCAAGAUUCUGUAAUAUAAAACAUUGUUACUUAAGAAACCUUUAGAAAAUAUUUGAAUUUUAAAUAUAAAAAUGAGAUUCAAAAGGAUCCAAACAAAAAAUGGUGUCCAGUACCAGAUUGUUAAUAUUAUGUUGAAAGAAAUCCGCGUUCAAACAUUACUAUCUGUAAAUGUGGGGCUUAAAUUUGUUUUAAUUGUGGCAGGCUUGCUCAUUUGAAUAGGCGAUGUGAGAAUUACUCAGAUUUGCAGUUUUAAUAUGCAUAAAAUAUCUACAAUAUUAAACAGUGUCCUGACUGUAGCUCUCCUGUUGAAAAAAAUUAAGGGUGCAAUCAUAUGACAUGUAGAUGCGGCUAUUAGUAUUGUUGGGUUUGUAUGUAAAAGUAUCAUGCGUAUCAUUACAAAUAUUGGUCUAUCAGAGGAUGUGCAAGUAAAUAUACAGCAUUAUCUAAAGUAUGGGCCAAUGGAAUAUUCAAAACAAGAAAAGUAAUAGAGCACCCUGAUCUAAUGAGGAGGGUUUUUUUUUUUCCUCGUCUAAUCCUUUUUCUUUUGAGAGGACCCUGGCUACUUCUUAAACUGUUAUUUAAAGCAUUUAAAAAAUCUAUAUCUCAACCUUUUAUGAAAUUGAAUAAGAAAUUCAGUCGUACAAGAAAACCAAGAUCUAGAUGUGGCAGAAAAUUAUAUUUCAUAUGGGGUGAGUUUUGGAUUGUGAUACUGGUGAUCAUUAUCUUCCCCUUUUACUUUUUAUUUUAUAGACUUAUAAUAGAAAUAAAAAGGCUAAUAAAAGAUGGAUGUGGUUAUUGA